AUGGGGCAAAAAGUGAUUUUACUAUGGGGCACUUGCAUCCAUCUUGGCUCAAGUACAUCCGCCCCUGAACCAACGAAAACGUCCUUCAUGUACGCUUACAAUUGCCUGAUAGUCGUCUUCCCAAGUGGUUUUAGUCUUUGGAUAAAACCUGACCAAACCUUAACCAACGACAUCCAAAAGAAGAAGGGCAAUUCUAGUGGAAAUACUUUGUUGGUACCAAUACCUUCUUCUUAUUCUCCUCGUGUACCGAUGUUCACUGGUGAGAUUGGUUCAGAUUUAUAUGGUAUAAGCAGACACAAUACUCCGUCCUCGGUAAUGUGGGUCCGUUACAAGAGUAUUUAUGCAUGGCGUAAAGCCCCUAGCAUGACGGUAGCUCGAGUAAUCCCCGUUACGUGCAUCCUCGAUGGGAAAAUAUAUGUAAUGGGAGGUUGCACGAAAGAUGAAUCCGCGAAAUGGGCCGAGGUUUUUGAUCCAAAGACUCAAACUUGGGAUCCUUUACCUGAUCCCCAGGCCGAGCUUUAUCUUCAAUUAAAACAGUGGAGGUGA